AUGCAUACUCAGUGGGUCAAGAUCAGCUUGGCCCUUCUCUUAACCAAGACUGCCUCCGCGUCUUUUAGCAUCUACGCCAAUUAUGACCACCAUGCUAUUGCUGCAGCUUUGGGUAUCUCUUCCUAUUGCCUGUCGGCCCUAAACCAGACUGUUGAGUGCGACCAAGCCAACGCCGCACGGGCUGCGAGAGGCGUGGACAACGAUUGUAACAUCCCCACUGUUGCCACCAUGACGUGCUCUGAUACCCUGCAUUUAGAUUGGUCUAAGGAAAACCUCACUGCCCUCUGCACCAAUACUUGCUCCAACUCCUUGGCGACAUGGCUCUCAACUGUGGAAGCCAGGUGCUCUAGAGAUCAAGUGACGGCAAACGGUAUUAUUUUUGAGCCUAAAACGUUUCCUCUGAAAUAUAUUUCGGGCCACGACCUUGCCUGUCUUCAGGAUAGUUCUGAAACCUUUUGCAUUCUCGAAUCCCAGAAAUGGGACGGUAACGCUAAGAUCAAGUGGGAUAUGGAAGUUUGCUACGAUGAGGACCCUCCAGAAUUUUGUGAUGAGGAAAUGUUUUUUGACGAAGACCAAUCGGUAGCCGUCACAGACUUAUAUCAUCAAGACCAGGUGUUGGCGGAUACAUGUUCUACCGACUUACCAUUCUCAACCUCCGCCCCAACUCUUAUUCUUGGGCCCGCAACCGCAGUCCCUGAUGCUGGCCAACGAAUUAGAACAAAAAAUGCCACUACUGCUUCCAGUGCCCCUGCUGCACCUACCGAGGCUAUAUAUAAACGUUCCAUUGCCCCACGUGUGCCACUUUACACUACUACAGGUUAG